AUGCCUGCGAGACGUGUACCAGAUGCUGACAAUUCCGCAGUCAUUGCCGCCGAUGGCCUCUACAAGCGCGAUGUUUUCCGCUUUCCCGAUCCAUUCGCCGUCGCCACCGUCAAUGGUGAGCAGACCAAAACUACCAGCGUCAGUAAGAGGACGCUGAACCCAUACUGGAACGAGAGCUUCGAUUUCCGUGCAAAUGAAGGCAGCAUCCUUGCCGUCCAGGUCUUUGACCAGAAGAAGUUCAAAAAGAAGGACCAGGGCUUCCUCGGCGUCAUCAACAUUCGCGUCGGCGAUUUGAUGCCAGACAUCAGCCCCGACGCAGAUGACCAGAUGAUCACGAGAGACCUUAAAAAGUCCACCGAUAAUCUCGUCGUCCACGGAAAACUCAUCAUCAACCUCUCUUGUAACUUAAACGCUCCCAUCCGCAACGGACAGGGCUCCUCCAGUCGCCCAGCAGCAAACGCCAGUACCUCCAAUGUUUCUACUCUGUCCGCUCCGGCCGCCGAGAAUCGACCCGGAUCCUCCAUGUCUGCCACCAAUAGCAACGGCCUUGGUGUUCCGAGCAACUCAGGCCCUCCUCAUCCUGUCAGCGCCGGUCCCACGCCAGCUCCCUCACAGGGGGGCGCCCAGCAACCUCGACCAACAAGCCAACUGAGCCCGUUUGAGGACGCUCAAGGCCGCCUGCCUGCGGGCUGGGAGCGACGCGAAGACAACCUUGGCCGAACAUACUACGUGGACCACAACACUAGAACGACAAGCUGGAACCGCCCAACUGCUAAUGGUACCGGCGAGAGCCGCAACGAAACCACCCAGGCCGAACGAACCCGACAUCAGAACAGAACCCUGCCGGAAGAUCGUACCGGCACCAGCUCGCCCACCAUGCAGUCCGGCUCGCCAAGCAGCAGUCCCCCGCCCCCACAUACGGCUGCCGCGGCCAGUAACGCCGCUGCCAUGAUGCACACUGGCGCUACGAGCCCCGGAACUGGCGAGCUGCCGCCUCUUUGGGAGCAGCGAUGGACUCCCGAAGGUCGCCCAUAUUUCGUCGACCACAACACGCGCACAACUACCUGGGUCGAUCCGCGUCGCCAGCAAUAUAUCCGACUUUACGGCGGCCAGAAUAAUGCCAAUGGCCAGAUUCAGCAGCAGCCUGUAUCUCAGCUAGGCCCUCUGCCCAGCGGCUGGGAGAUGCGACUCACCAACACGGCUCGCGUGUACUUUGUGGAUCAUAACACCAAGACUACAACCUGGGAUGAUCCGCGUCUCCCCUCCUCGCUCGACCAGAACGUUCCCCAAUAUAAGAGAGACUUUAGACGCAAGCUCAUCUACUUCCGCUCGCAGCCUGCUAUGCGCAGUCUCAGCGGUCAAUGUCAUGUUAAAGUUAGACGCUCCCACAUCUUCGAAGAUUCCUUUGCAGAAAUUACUCGCCAAUCUGCGACUGAUCUGAAGAAGCGGCUCAUGAUCAAGUUCGACGGCGAAGAGGGUCUCGAUUAUGGCGGUGUCUCGCGAGAAUUCUUCUUCCUGCUCUCUCACGAAAUGUUUAACCCCUUCUACUGCCUCUUCGAGUAUUCUGCCCACGACAAUUAUACUCUGCAGAUCAACCCUCACUCCGGUAUCAACCCCGAACAUCUUAACUACUUCAAGUUCAUUGGCAGAGUCGUUGGUUUGGCCAUCUUCCACAGACGUUUCCUCGACGCAUUCUUUAUCGGAGCUUUGUACAAGAUGGUUCUGGGCAAAGCCGUCUCAUUAGCCGAUAUGGAGGGCGUCGACGCCGAUUUCCAUCGAUCGCUGCAGUGGAUGCUCGACAACGAUAUUUCGGGCGGCAUUCUGGAGCAGACGUUUUCCACCGAGGACGAGCGAUUCGGCGUCUUGACCACAGAGGAUCUCAUCCCUGAUGGUCGCAACAUCGAAGUGACCAACGAGAACAAGAAGCAGUACGUUGACCUCAUGGUUAAAUGGCGCAUCGAGAAACGUAUUGCGGAGCAAUUCCAGGCGUUCAAGGAGGGCUUCCACGAGCUUAUUCCUAUAGAUCUCAUCAACGUCUUCGACGAACGUGAGCUGGAGCUGCUCAUUGGCGGUAUUGCAGAGAUUGACGUGGACGACUGGAAGAAGCACACCGACUAUCGUGGCUACACCGAGUCUGACGAGGUCAUCCAGAACUUUUGGAAGACUGUGCGAUCCUGGGAUGGUGAGCAAAAGUCACGUCUACUACAAUUUACAACUGGAACCUCGAGAAUUCCCGUCAAUGGUUUCAAGGAUCUGCAAGGUAGCGACGGUCCUCGCCGUUUUACCAUCGAAAAGGCCGGCGAGCUUGUCAACUUGCCCAAGGCACAUACCUGUUUCAACCGUAUUGAUCUGCCCCCAUACAAGGACAUGGAGACGUUGACGCAGAAAUUGACCAUUGCUGUCGAAGAGACCAUGGGUUUUGGCCAAGAGUAA